GAUAGUCGUGGAGGAUACACGGGGUUUAGGAAAAGGCUUGUACAUGAUGUGGCCUUUGACGACAAGCCAUUUUAAUGGAUACUAUGCUACGAGAGGGUGCUGAAAAUGACGCACGCGCAGGAGGAGAGCGCCCAGGACCCAGAGAAAAUGCCUCACCUAUGCGACGAGGCCACAAUCCAACUGGAACCAAGUCAGGACCUACAGGGAACAUACAGAAUCCUUAUAAAAAAUGACUCAAUGAAAAUGCCAAUACUUGGGAUAGGUCUACAGAAGAAAAAAUUCAUCCAAAGUUCGGUUCUUGUACUUUGUGUUUUGGUGCUUUUACUUUAUAUGGUGUUCACUUUUAAAAUGAGCUUCGUGGCGCGGGCCCCAAAGAUGUGUGAAAAAGUCAAUGGGGACGAGAUCAUUGGGACGUUACGAGAUUUUGCGAAAAUAUUAGAUAAGAAUUUACAACAUUUAAAAGGAACGCAAAGUAUAGCGGAGGAAACUAGGACGUUUUUCAAUUCUGAAUCAAAAAUUAGGCGACAUUUAUCCGACCGGGAUUACAGGAUUCGUAAUUUUUCCUAUUCUAAUAUUUUGGAUUACGUCCCAGAAAUUUCGGUAAAGCAUAUCAGCUGUCCUAAACUGUUUAAAGGGGAAAAGGGUGAGCAGUUAAAAGCAAUUGAAUACAUGCAAGAUCAUCCGAAAAUGCCGAUACCCGAUCGUGACUACGUUUCCAUGACAAUGAAUUGUGAGGACUUUAGGAAAAAGCGCGGUUACAUCACACACCCCAUGUCAAAAGAAGAAGAAGAAUUCCCUUUAGCUUAUAGCAUCCUCAUGUACAAACAAGCCGAACAGGUCGAGCGGCUGCUACGGGUCAUCUACAGGCCUCAAAAUUAUUAUUGCAUUCACGUGGACAAAAAAUCCUCGCAGGACACCCACGACGCGAUGAAAGCUAUUGCAUCAUGUUUCGACAAUGUCUUUAUUGCCUCGCGUAGUAUAGACGUCUGGUGGGGGUGGUUUUCGGUUUUGGAAGCUGAUUUAGUGUGUAUGCAGAAUCUCUGGCAGUAUAAAAAAUGGAAGUAUUUCAUCAACUUGACGGGGCAGGAGUUACCAUUAAAAACAAACGGGGACCUUGUGAAGAUCCUGAAGACGUAUGCUGGUGCAAAUGACAUAGAUGGAACCGUCAAACAACGCAGCAAAAUCCGCACUUCAGUAUUCCACUUCGGUAUGUGGCCAACCCCCAUCUGGAAACCACCAACGUCCAUCAACGUGACACUAACGAAAGGUGCCGUGCAUAUCACUGCCUCCCGUGCAUUCGUCGAUUAUGUCCUACAUAAUGCAACUGCUAAGCUGUUCCUUGAUUGGGUUAAGAAUACGGGUAUACCAGACGAAACGUUCUUCACAUCGCUACACCAUAGUCCGCAACUUGGAGUCCCAGGUGCUUUCAAAGGGGAACCCGAACCAGACCCUGUCAACCACGCCUAUCUAACCCGCUUUAAAAACUGGGGCUACUGGCCGUACGACUAUCCCUGCGCCGGAAAACGAGUGCGUUGGAUUUGCAUCUUUUCUACAGGUGACCUGCCGCUGCUGGCUUCUCGAUACGAACUAUUCGCAAACAAAUUUCACAUGGAUUACGAGCCGUUGACGUAUGAAUGCAUGGAAGAGUUGCUCUUUACGAAAACCAGGGAAGAAUAUUCGAAGAAGCGGACGUUUAAUACAACUUUUUAUUCCCAGUUGCCUUUCGUGAAAAAUAGUUACCAAGUACCGGAAAAUUACUCCGCCUCCGCUUCAUAGCGUUUCUCGAUCCUGUCACCAGGGGGCUCUCCGCUAUGAGAGAUACCUGGUGUCUGAAUUGAGGGUUUAUUUGGCUUAUUGGUUCCUUCUUGUCACGCCCGCUACCUAAAGUUUGUGAGGAGUAACUUCAGAUGGUCAUGGAGGAACGAGGGAAAGGAAACAGCUAACUUUUCUAACAGCUGGCUCAUAAAUAUGUGGUGCUUAAGUUUGAUGUGGUUGUCUAGGCAACGAUGGUGUAUCACUACCACUGUUGCCCGAACUAUGCGUUUAAAGAAUUCCUUUAGAUUUGUCGAAUUGUGACCUCAUUAAUGUACAGCAGAACCUCUCUAUUAAGGACACCCUUGGGACUGACAUAUGCUGUCCUUAUUAGAGAGAUGUCCUGAUUACAGAGGUCAUUUUGAAGGAAAAUGAUAGGUUUGGAACCAAAGCCAGUGUCGUUUUUAGAAAGGGUGUUCUUAGUAGAGAGGUGUCCGCUAAGAGAGAUUCGACUGUACAAUUGGGGAUUUAGGUGCCAUAUUAUGCUGUCAUUAGUUCAUCAAAACGGUAAUAUAGUGUAGAUGCACUGUUAAAUAAGUCAGCACGCAAACCAUCAGUUGUUAUUGCAUCACCUUUUGUAAAAAAAGGUAUUCCUUAUUGUCGGUUUCAGAAGUUUUUACAUAAUUCUUGGCGAAGAGACCACAUCAAUAUUUCAUCACUAUGUCAAUUUUUUUUGUCUUAGCCUUGAAUGGGAACUGGUAUUUGCCAGUCGAGAACCAAAUACUAGAAUUCAACCUCAGUCCGUGAAUAUUUGUGUUGUUGUAGGGUGUUUUCAACUUUUUGAGAACACGUUUUGUCAUAAUGAGUCCCAUUGAAAAUUGUCGGGUGGUUCUGUGAGAACAAAACAUUUAUUGACAAAUGAAAACUUGCACAAUGGAAUGUGUUCAUAGCAAAAAUAUACUUGAUUAUUAGGUCGAUAACUUAUUGUCGAUAAAAUACGCGAGAGAAAAAAGUAAAAUGGAAAUGAAAACAUGCUUUAUAGAAAACAAAUUGAUUGAAACUUUAAAACGUUUGCUGGUAGUGAGGUGAACAUUUACUUCUGAAGCCGACCAUAAAUCGCGAUGGCCUCCGACCAAAUUUCCGGAGCCGAGUUUACCCUGAUAAGACUAUCAGAUCUGAGGUGGACAACUGGGAGAAUAGUUUAGUGCAGUCCAACUGAUUGUUGAUCUAAACUGUGCCCAUGACCUCUGGGUUGGCCGGUCAUUGUAUCAAGAUUCGAUCUAGAUACUUGGGGCCAGUUUUUUUGGCCAUAUUUUUGUUAUAGCUGUUACAUGUCUUGUAUACUUCUUAUAUACAUGGUAUAUGCAUGUAGCUUCGUAGUAUUCUCUCUCUUAAACAGUACACACAUGUCUGUACAUUCAUUAUGCAUAUCAAGGUCAACAAAUGUUGCUCUCAUCAAGGUCAAAGUUGAAUGGUCGAAAUUCAGAUGAAAACCGACCUUCGAAUUCGUUGGCCUGAGACAAAAUGUCCUUAGACUGUUACAGACCCUUUACUCUUAUAACUGAUGAUAGUCAAUUGUGUCAGUCUAAUCAAUAUACGUUUCAUGAUGGUUGUUCCAUCUUUUGCUGAUUUUAGUAACUUCGUUGCCAUAUCUCUUAUCUGAGUCUAUUUUUCUUUUAAAUUAUUGCAUUUUCAACUUUUUAAUUUUCUUUGGCAUACAUGUAUAAGUCAUACAUUUUAUGAUUGACCGUCAUUUGCAAGGUUCCCAAGCCCCUACAUCUUUGUUUUCAGGUAAAGCGUUAAAUUUCAAUGUCAGAUGACACUGUUGACCCGUUUUACAAUCAUUUGAAGUUGUUUCAUGAUAAGACAUGAAACUGCACAAUCGGGAUCGGCCUUAAAACUAGCACAUUGUCAACACGUAAUGCAUCAGUGAGUAAAUUGCGCACUUUACGGGAUUUAAAGGGAGAGUGCACGGAGUGUUACCUCAUAUCGACUAAUUUACCCGGUGUUUACUGUAAUUAGUGUAGUUAGGGUUUAGAACCAAGUGUGCGGCAAAACUAGUUUCUAGUUUCGGCAAAUGUCCAACAUCGAAAACUGGUGUUGACAGCCAGACACCGAGUAUCUGUGUUAAAAAGGGGUGUAUGAAGAGCUUGAACAGACACAAUAUACUUAAAGUGUCUGUCCCUGCUUGGAAGGGAACCUUGCUGUUUGACUGGAGGUUAGGGAAAGGGUUUAAUCUAAGUGCUAAGGCACACGUACUUGCUUUUUUGCAAAUGUAGCUUACAGGUAAGCAGCGCAUUUUAUUACUGCCGUACUAAAGCAAAAAGCUGUAAGUAUACUUUAUUUUCGGUUUUAAACGACCAGUCCGUUGGCCAUGCCCUGGCAGUCCACGAUUAUAAUACUGCAUAGUCACAUUUAUGAAUGUAGGUAUGUUUUCAAGCGCGAAUUCUGUCUGGAUUGGCUAGUUCAGCAAUGAAUGACAGAUUUGUCGUAGGCCUAACCGGCUGGUCAUCAUUAUGGUCUUCUGACCAAUCACCUGUAAUCGACACCAUUUCUUCAAUAAGCGGCAAAGAUAAGAUUACACACUGCGGGCCUAUGCUCCGGAGUGGCCUGAGCGUUUUAGCAAUGCUAAAUAAUGACUGCCUCAUUGUUCAAAAGGGGCUGGACAUACAACGUGCUGAACUGGUCGUUUAAAACUGAGAAUAAAGUAUGUACUGAUAUUUGCGCAGUUGAAUUUUGAAUUAUGCACGUCUCUUGAUUUUUAUUGAAAAAUAUGAAGGAAGAGAGUUUCUCCCUUUCAUAUUGCUCCAACAUUUUCAGAACCAAAAAGUUUAUCGAUAAACAAAAUAUUCAGGAAAUUCAGACAAUCGGUAGUUUAUUAUAAUUAGGUUAGUAUUUCGGCACUCUUCGUCUGCCAUCGGGAUUGAUGACGGAAAGACAGAGGAACUGCCUAACUUUACAUUCGCGACUAUCAUGACAUCUAGCGGUUAACAUCUAGUCUAUCGCUGGGCUCAAUUAUCCCUCAUUUUGACCCAAAUGUUUGUUACUGCAUUUUGCUUCCAUUAGUAGAGAAGAGGAGGCCGAUAUCUUUUAUUUGUAAUUAUGAGGGUUACGAUCAUCAUAUGCAUGUAUACAAUCCUUUUCUUGUUAUUUCCGAUUACGCCAAGAAAAAAACACACUGGAGUUGAACUAAAUCACUCCCUUCACGCCAGGUUUCUAAAAAUACAAAUAGUUGGUAAUUUCUGGCUGUGCAUCUCCAUGAACAUUGUGUCAAUUUGUUUAAAUGACCAACUUGGGCGUAAUAUGUGUUUUUCACACAAAAAUAGCUUCCAUCAGGACCGCAAUUUUUUAAAACAGGAUCAAUGAAAAGUCAUUGAACUGCAAUUAACAAUGCACUAGAACGGGGUGCCUGAAAUUCACAAACCAUGUCCAAAACAGCCUCGCAACUCUGGCGGGUAUCAUUAUCAAGGAUCAGCAUAUAAUAAGAUAGCAUAAUACUACUAGUGGCAGCGCGUGGUGACAAGCAGGGGUAUUAUCCUCCUGGCUAGGUUAAUCUCACGCCCAAGUUGACCCUUUAACACUCAAAAAAGGCAACACUCGUUAUACCAGUUGCUCUCGGGAUGUGCAUGCCAUGUUAAUUUGGUGCAGGCUGUUGGAAUUGGUGCUAUUUUUUUAUUGCACAUUUUAUUCCAAAUUAUACUUGUUUAGAUUUGACAGGGAUCGUUUUAACGUUGUGCGAUAUUGUAUCAAUACUUGUGCCGUAUAUCGCCAUUUACGUGAUAUACGAUAUCGCGCAACGCUAGUCACCCAGAAACGAACUUUUUUGAAAAUCCUCACAUCAAUGAAACAGCUAUCGUAAUUGGCCCAACUGAAGUGCUUAUACCUGAGUUUAAAAAUGUCAAAACAGGACUGAUGAAUGAUCAUUAUCAUUCAGAAUUAUUUGAAUGGUAUUCGUGAGGAAAGAGUUAUCAAAAUCGUAUUAAUAUUUGGUUUCUCUCCCUCUUAGGGUUUUAUAACAAUUCUGCCAGUGUUUCCCAGGCUAUAGAGAAGUAUUAAAAACAAUAUAAAGUCAAAAUAUUUAUUUGCUAUCAAUAUUCUCAUUCUGUUUAUCUCCCAGUUCCCACCAAAUCGUCAUGGCUGGAAACGGUUUAUACUCAUGAAACGGGUGAAGAACAUUAAAGUUAAAAUCUAACUUACUCCUUUAAACAGCAGGCACUUGGCCUAUAAAUAGUGGGGCACGCUAGAUGUUUGCAAAUGGCUGAAUACUAAAAGAGUAGAAAGAGCUCCUUUAGAAUUUGAGUGAAUUUUUUCAUUUUCUUUUCAUUACUAUCCCCUUGGAUCUAUAGAUUUGUCACAAGUGUCAUGAAUGUACCACGAAACAUACCUGGCAUUGCUGGAUUUGAUGUUGAAGAUGAAGUGGCAUAUUUGAUUGGAGAAGUUUGUUGCAUUAGAUUUUCAGUUGGGGCAUUUGAAAUUAAUUCCUUGGUCAUGACUGACUGAUAGGUGGUGUCACAUUUGUGGAUUGUGUGUAUACUAAUUAAAGCCAUAAUGUGCUUUUUGCUUGAAAAGGACAGGAUGGAAAGUGGUCAUGUAAUUAGUAAUAUAUAUCCAAGCAGUUAUGAUUUUGAUUCUUUAUUUAGAUGGGUCCUACCUUUCUUGGAUAGCUAUUCUCAGUUAAUAAUAAUAAUAGGUUUUGGAUCAGGAUAGUACAAGGGUGAAAUAACAAUUUAGUUGGUGUGUACUACUCAUCACUUCCGGUAUUAUAUGGGUGAGUUAAGCCGUUAGAAAAUGAAAGAGUGCCGAUCAGGGAGAUCUGAUCAUAUCAGGACAGUGGCAAGAAGCCAUCAAUAAAAAAGUGCAAAAUGUGAAAGAACUGUGGGACCUGAAAAUGCUAUUGUUAUUGUUAGGAUGGAAUCCGUUGGGGGCAUGGCCGGUGUGACAGCGGAUAUAGUCCCCCUGGGGUCAUAGUCCGGUUGCAUUGUAUUUGACCAAUUAAGCAGCAUGAUCUAUUGUACCGCUAACCCUAACCAAAACAUUUAGCAAUGCGGGCUAUUGUUACACGGACUAUCAGCCCUAGGACUACUAUCCCCGCCACACCGGUUUAAAUAUCAGCUGCCCGAGAGACCAUCUUCUUUCCCGAAAAAUAGAAAGCGAGAUUAUAUAAGUGAGUACUGAUAGAAUUGCAAUAUAAAUUAGGGACAAAUUAUUGAGCAGCUAAGCAACUCUAAUAGAAAGCGAAAAUAAUGAUAAUAACAUUAUUAUUUAAAGUGCUAACAGGGCUACUCUAUGGUAAAGCCUUUCUAAACGCUGUACAAUAAGUUUUACAAAACAUCAUGAUGACACUGUAAAACAUUGUGCGCAAAUUUACAAAGUGAUUGUAAACUUUUUUUGCAAGUUACAACAGGAAAAAAUGUGUAGAGGUCACAAAAUAGUUCCCAUUGAAGAACCCGUCUCAAAAAACUAAAAUUGACUCUUACUGAAUAAUGGUAGAUAGUACGUGUUAUACAAAAUAGAAUCCCUAGGUAAAACAUUGUCUGAAUAAAUGCGUUUUAAGCGACUUCUUAAAAUUGACCAUUUCUGUAACGCCUUGGAUAACGCCUCUCAUUGGAAUCGUCAGAAAGCCAACACUAGUAAAAAAUUACUCAUCUGAAGUAGACAUGGUAUGUCAAAGUUAAAAAAGACACUUGUUUUUCUCAAGGAAAUCUCUGACAAUUGACUCCCACGAUCUGGAAAACACAAGUUUUUCCACUUCAGAAACAAACAUUUUCAGCCUAAAUGACACCAUAAAUUAAACCAUCACCUCAUCUGACCAAGCCAUCCGAUAAUAGUUGAUGACUCUUCUUCCUGAUAUCGACAAAAAACAAUUACCGGCCAGAAAUGUAACCAAUCUGACUUGGUUCUGUUCAGACAAUACCAAACACGUGGAUUUCUCCCGCCAUUUAUUAAUGAGCUUAUUCAUAGCACUAUCACCAGCCACUCAGCGGUAAGUGUGUCAGUCAGUCUGCUACAUUGUAGCUAAUAGAAUGAUAUCUACCCCAUAAUCCUGGGAGUUUAACGACUUAAAGGGGGACUACAGGCAGGAGCAGAGGGGCUACUUUGGCCAUCUUCAGGUGGCUAACAUACACAGCAAGGGCGCUGGGUCAUGUCAGAUUCAGCACUAUAUGUAAUCCUCGUACAAGCGUGAAUCACUUCGACGUACUGUGAGAUGUGAUACACCCCUAUUGGCGACUUUGUGUAACUUUAUCUUUCCUGCCUAGCUGCUGUCUAUAUUGUCCCUUUAAGAAUGGCCAUGAAAACACUGCCACACAUCGUAGUAAGGUAAUAAGGGGGAGAGUAACCAUAUAUAAAACUGGUAUAUUAUCAUGUAGGUAAUUUGAUUUCAUAUUUUCAAUUGUCAACAUGCUGCAGUUCAGUUUAAGGUCAACACAUUUCAAAACCAAUUAUUUAUUUCUUAAAUAAUCUUACAUUUCAAUCUUAAUAAGUUCACUCAUAGACCGACCAAAUUGGGCGGAGUUUUAAUUGAUAUACUGAUUGAAAUACUAUUGACCCAAUAAUGCCCGGGUCUGGCCGAGUACUUUUCUGGGCACCCAGUUCUACGUUAUCAUUGUAAAUAAGGCCACAUAAAAAAGAGUUGUUGAUCGUCCCCGCCCGCCCCUACGGAAAAGGCCCGCCCCUAAGUUUGUUUUAUUUUUCAUAAAAAACACACAUUAAAAACGAUCUGUUUUUGCAUUCAAAUUGAACGAAAUGAUAACCCCUCUUCCUCAUAAACCUCCUCCCGUUUAAUUUACAUGUUAAUCUCAUGAAACAAGUCCUUUUCCCCUAAAAUAUAAAACCAUUCCACGUCGCAAAUGAAGAGCUGGCCGACCGGCCGCCUUUGAUCAACUCCAUGUGGUUUGAGACAGCGUGGCCCAGAUUCCUGCGGUAUAUUGAUUCGGUGAAUGAUACCAUCACAGAAUCUACGGUAUCUCUCACCUUUUAAGUCUCGCGCAGUAAAAUACCAAUGUGCAUCAAUUUAAUGCAUCAUACUACGCAUGCUUUGCUCGAGACUGGGAGAGAUCGGAACAAUACCAGUGAUACUCGUCUCCAAGAUAGGUUUGCGUGCAUUGAAUGCAAGUACUGGGUGGGUAUUCUACACUGAUAGCCGAGGUUGCUUUUAUUUUGUCGUCUGCGGAAGAGAGAGAUCGAGUAUGUUUGCAUUGUAUGCUAUUGUGCGUAGAUUUUCCCGCAUUGUCCCCAAACAAAACUCAAUUAAUUGCAUAAAGAAUAAAAAUAAAAACCACCCACCCACCCCAAGAUUUUUGAAAAAAAGGACGCUCAACAAUUUUUAUUUUAUGUGGCCUAAUGGUAGUGCACUUUAAUACUGUUCAGAAACCGCCAGAAUGCUCUCCUGUUAUAUUCAUAACUAAAAUGUGUUUGCAAUAUUUCAAGUGGGCCUGGUUAGCUUUAUACUUAUAUCUUAUAUGUAUCCCAUUUAAAAUGGUAACUAUGUCUUUUUUAUCAUAAUAUAUGAGUUGUACGUCAUACGGAAAAAUAUUUUAUACUAGAAAUGAACCAAAUAUGUAGUGAAGCUGUCCUAUGUUACAUUUUUCAUGUUCAAAGGCAUGUUUACCUUUGUCAAAUACCUACUGACAAAGUUCAUAGCCAAUACAGUUUCAUAGUUUGUGUUCCUUGGAAUGGAGCUUUUUAGACAGGGAAUUAUUUUUCUAUCUAGAAUAGCAUUGUUGUUCAGUAUAUGUUGUUUGUAUAACGUUAGUUGCUCCUUACCGCGCAGUUAAAAGAACUUAGGCCUAGCUCAGUGCACGGCCUAUUGUCUUAAAGCCCGCUCGCACCGAGGGCGAAAUUUCCAAUGUUUUACGAUCUUAUCAACCGGUUAUCACAGUUGAUAACAUCGGCCUUUCUCGAAACGGCUUUCAUGGGGUUCGAGAUACCAUAACCGUCAAGAGACAUGAACGUAAUGCAACACAAUUAAUCAUGUGAUUCUUUGGUUAAAGAAUUUGUGACAAUUAGUACUCCUGUUUUGGUACAGAUCAGCGAAUGCGCCGAUUCGUCCUUAAUGUAUAUGGUAUGUAAUUGUUGUAUCGAAGAAAUCUGUAGGGGAUUUCUAAAAUCGGAGUCGCUGCCACUAUUUGUUGAUUCCAUGCCAACGCGCCUUCUACAAAAAUACAAAAGGCGUGUAUAGGCUCGUGUGAAGAGAAUUAAUUUCAAUGCGUCAAAAUGGCGCCUGAUUGGGUGAUACUGGUGCGGUACCUAAUGACAUAGGCCAGGCAGGGGAGAAGCCUAUUACCAGUAAAACAUCAAGUGUUAGAAUAUUGCAAAAUAGGAGGCGGAGAGAUAGUUUCAUUUCAGUUUGAUUAUGCGAUCUGUAGAUGGCGCACCUGGACGUGUUUCCUCCGAAGCAAAGACCGUCUCAAAUAGACUUGAGCCAAAUGAAACUGAAUAUUUUCGUUGGAAACCAGAAGGAGAGUCUUUUUUUCAUAUCGUGAUUUUAUUUUUUUGGAUACCUUUUGGCAUCACUUAUGUGUGCCUUGUUAAUUGUGUCUAUCAUAUACCUUUUGUAUCAGGUUUCCUGGUUGUUUGUUUUGAGCAUGCAUCUGCGGAGUAGGGCCAAUGUGUAUGUUUCGUUACCAGUCACUUGUUAUCAGCCAAAACACUCUAGUUUUAGUUUUCGAAUGCUAAAGAGAUAGGGUCUAUGUAUGAAAAAAAAAUUCCUUUCGACUUCGGUCACUUUUGAGAUGAUCCCUAAGACCUUUGGUAAAAUGCUCUGUGUAGCUCGGUUGUGCGCUUUCUCAUCUCGAUGAGGUUACCUAUAUGCACAGUUUGAUAAUAACUGACAGCAACUUAUAAUUACACAGUAUUACGUUAUGUGUUUUGUACAUGGAUGGUGCUGAAAAUGUUUCUUAUUUCACAAACCCGCGUGACUCGAAAUAGAUAGAUAUCUUUAUUUACAAAAUGACUGACGUCACGCAAAACUUGAAUUCUCCGUGUUCGCUUGCGCAUAUGACGCUUAACAGAGGAUGGUGUGACGUAAAAAUAUCAACGUCGCGCGAUUGUUGUUGGUUUCACCAGAGUCUUGUGUCGUCAACCACAUCAUAAAACAUUCUGUGUAUUCAAUACAUUCAGCUCGUCUGUAAAUGGCACCUGGUAAAUUGGUACUGGGCAAAUUAGUACAGGGGUAAUCGAUAUCCUUAGACGUCCGAGAAUAAAGUGUGUGGGAGCAGAUGAGUCGUACUUUAUUGAUGACGUAUUGAGGUCAUUGGUCUUUCUGGAACUACUUCUUAAUCCACCACCACCUUGUUUUUCUAUGCCUUUCAAGAACUUUCAGCCGACUUUUAGAUGCUUUCAAGAAAAAGUGCCCAUACUGCAGUCGAAGCUGUGCGAUAAGUGAACGCAUUCGGUUUGAUAGAUUGCACGCCUUAUUGAAAAGUGCGUCUGCCCGUUGGACAAAAGCUCGUGGUUGUUAUACAGUACGAGACAACUUCUCAGAGCUUGUCGUUUGCAAUAGUAUUAUAUGACGAGGUCUGAGACAUUUCUUGCAACAUGAAUUUCCAGAAGAUGCAAUGGGAAAAUACUCAAUUGCAUCAAAUUUGUCGCCAUAUUACAUAUUGUGUGAGUAUCUCACUGGAAUCAAAAACUGUGCCAUAUAAUAUGGACGCGCUUAUUAAAUUUUGUACAAGCCUGUUCUCGCAGAUUUACGUUCUGUCAAAAGUAAAUAUUCACCAUAAAAAACAAAAUUAUUCAUUCACGGUUUGAAAAAUAUGCAUACAUUGAGUCUGAACUCUUAGUGUGACAUGUCCUCUAGCAUGGAACUAGCCUAAUAUACUAGAUAUUGACUUGGUGAUGAUAUUUUUAAAACGUGAUGUUUUCACGACGAUAAUUUUUUGUCAAUCAUGUUUUCCAUAUAAACAUGUCUGCAGCGAUUUAUUUGAUGAACAUGUCUCGUCAUUACCCGAGAACAACGAACUAAAAAUACAACCCACAGGCGAUGUCACUAUUCUGCAAAACAGAAAAACAACUGACUAUUUAUUUUUGACGGGACGGCAUUACUCUUAUUCCUGUUGGUGCUAAGUUUGGUAAAUACCAACUAUGGAUGAUGUCAGUUUCUGGUAUAAGAUUACGUAAAGUUUGCUCAUUCGGAAUUGGUUUUGGACAAGGACGACUUAAGAGACUGUGCUCACGUCAGUGUGGUAACUGCACGUGUCAAACCUGCAUGAGUUCUUUCGUCAUUUGAUGUGUCUUUAACCCCCUGGAACAUGCUCUGGUGUUAAUGUUGCGCCGCAGUCUCCCGUAUAUAGGAGCUACUGACCACCAAGCCUCACGUUUUGUACAUGUUUACACGGUAAAUAUAUUUUGAACUGGCACUUCAGUUAUAUGUACAUGUAACUGGCACUUCAUUUCUCUUUCACUCAUAACAUUUAUUUUGCCUCUAUCCAAGCAGUUAAGAAAAUACAGUCUUAGCCCAAAUACACUGGCUUUUGUCUUUAAACAAUGUCUGCUCGCACCUAGGUCUAAUUUCCCUUUGCUCUAUUGUCUUAUGAAAGGGUUAUCAGGGCAUAUAAUCAUGAUAUCGACCCCCACGUCACAGCUCUCAUGGGGUCGAUAAUCCUUAACAGCCAGGGGAAAAUAGACGUAUUGAUAUUCAACCAAAGUGAAUUGAGAGUUCUAAUACUAAGUGAUGAAUCUUCACCAUCUUGACUCGCGAAUCGUGAAAUUUGAGCGACUUCAACUGGCAGUAGGGGAAUGCAUAAAUUCCAAAACCUAUUCUAUACCGAGCUACUUACUCUCAAGGUACUCCUCAUGUAUCCAUUGUACUCCAAAUCGGAUUACAAAUAGUCAAUAAAGCACACAUUUAUCCCGAAACACCAAAGAAAGUUUAUCGGGCGGCCAUAUGCAUGAACACAUUAUGCUGUGACGUCACAACAAACCAGAAAGGUAGAGGUACAGAAAGAGAGCGUGCAUGAUCCAUUUUGAAACAUCGACGCGUAUUCUCUGGUAUCUUGGGAUAAAUGUGCGCUUUUAAUGACAUUUGUGAUCCGAUUUUGAGUACAAUGGAUACAUGAGGGGUAACUUGAGAGUAAGUAGCUCGGUAUAGAAUUGACUUUGAAAAUUAUGCAUGCACUGUCUGCCAGUUGAAGUCACUCAAAUUUCACGAUUCGAGAAUGAAGACGGUGAAGAUUCAUCACUUAGUAUUAGAACUCUACGGUGGCCCAUAGAGGACAUGCGUUUAUUUUCAAUAUAUUAGAAUAUUUUUUUUUACAAUGCGUUUUUUUUCUCUCUAAUUACAACCGCCGUCGGAUUUAUUUCUCACCGCCGAAAAAAUAAUUCCCACCGCCAUGUUAAAAAUAAUAAUUCCCACCACCGCCAAGGAAAAUAAUAUCCACCGCGGUGGAAAUUAAUAUCAUAUCCACCGCGGUGGAAAUUAAUAUCCACCGCGGUGGAAAUAAUAUGUUUACAACCACGAUUGUGGCUGGACUAGUAUCAGGUCAAGGAGAGUAACAACAUAAGAAAGAUCGGAGCGGGAGCUAAUUCGUUAUUGACACCGGGUGGAUAUUAUUUCCGCCGCGCUGGAUAUUAAUUUCCACCGCGGUCGAUAUUAAUUUCCACCGCGGUCGAUAUUAAUUUCCACCGUGGUGGUGGAAAUUAUUAUUUUUUACCCGGCGGUGGAAAUUAUUUUUUCGGCGGUGAGAAAUAAAUCCGACGCCGGUUGUAAUUCGAGAGAAAAAAACGCAUUGUAAAAAGAAAAAUAUUCUAAUAUAUUGAAAAUAAACGCAUGUCCUCUAUGGGCCACCGUAGAACUCUACACAUGUAGAUAUCAAUUCACUGUGAUUCGACCAUACUGGUUCCAGUCAGUCUUUUAAAACCAAUGAAACCCUCACACUAUUAUGACAAGCGCUAGACCAGAGUCUUUCGAAAGACUCUGUCUAGACGUAGUCUAUCACAGCAUGGGAUCGAAACACCAUGCUGGCAACUGUGGCAGACUGUAUUUGCUACACUGGAGAACAUUCUCGCGACGCAUGCAAAAUAUAUGUUCAUACACAGUAGUGUCAACAUAGUGUAAUGUUAAAACCAAAUAAAAUUUGUUCGUUA